UGCAACAAUCAACCGAACGAUGUGGUGACUGCUUUUCGUGUGUAGCGGUCUCUCUCUCGCAUGGUUCUUCCACUGUAUUUGGUUCUUCAGGCGGAGGGUACUUUGGCAAAUAACGGAUACUUCUGAGGGGGGUCUUAAUACAAAGCGGUUGUCUCUAUGCCCCUGCUACAGUUUAAAUCAAAUCAUCUAAUUUGCACAAGCAGUCAGUCAUGGCAGAGCCCAACCGGCCGCCUCAGCGGAAAUUGUCCACUUCGGGGGACAGCCUAUAUAAGGUGCUUGGACUGGAGAAAGGGGCAUCUGCCGACGACAUCAAACGAGCCUACAGGAAACUUGCUCUGAAGUACCACCCAGACAAGAACCCAGACAAUCCAGAGGCGUCUGAGAAGUUCAAGGAGAUCAACAAUGCCAACUCUAUCCUUAACGACGAGACCAAAAGGAAGAUCUACGACGAGUAUGGCUCCAUGGGGCUGUACGUGUCGGAGCAGUUUGGCGAGGAGAGCGUCAAGUACUACUUCCUCAUGUCCAAGUGGUGGUUUAAGGCGCUCUUCCUCUGCUGCACGCUGUCGUCCUGCUGCUGCUGCUGCUGCUGUUGCUGCUUCUGCUGCGGCAAGUGCAAGCCUCCGGAGGACGACGACAACUACCAGUACGUCAACCCCGAGGACCUGGAGGCCCAGAUCAAGGCUGAGGAGCAGGGCGGAGGAGGUGAAACGGUAAUCAUUGUGCAGCCUAUUCCCAGUCCAGGCCCAGAAAACCCCAGCGAAACUCUACCAGAGUCAAAAUGACUCGACACAAGUGACUGUGAGGAUGACCUGCAUCAGGGGAGGGGAGUUCGUGGAGCCCCUAUUGUGAUCCAACCGCAUUCCACUGUCAACACCUCGGAGACCACCCACUUUGCAACCAGUCUGCCCAGCUAUACCAACCAGAAGUGAGACCCAUCCUCCACCCCACCCUACCCGACCCCGUGACCUGGAACUAGUUCCUCCAACUCAACUCAGCCCCAAUGCCAUGACACCCCACGCCACCAACAGACAUGCGAGGCCCCUUUGCGGGUCCUGUGGGGUGGGGUGCCCCCUUGUCCAUGCAAGGGUGUGGGCACUAGAGCCAUCUCCCCAAACUGAAGCACUGGCUAAUGAGUUGGCAGUGUUGCCAUGAGAGACAAGGACUCUUAAUGCUGCCAUUCUCACUUCCUCUCACCCAUUUGCAUGGACAUGUAACACACACACACACACACACACACACACACUGACGUGAGCAUACAUACAGUGUAUGCAAUCUAACCUUUCUCUGAACCUGGUCUGACUCUUAAUGUUUUUAUUUUCUUCCCUCUGGUUCCAGUAAGUAGUUCUGCUCUAGUUGGCUAUGCUUGCAAAGGGUAUUCUUUCCUUUUUUAUAUUUGUGUUCUUUCUCUUCUCUCCUCUGUUGUCCUCUGUGGGUCAGUCUGUAACUGGUGGGGGGCCAACCUGAUUAACUAGCAUGGAAGUGGCCAAAAAAAGAGAGGGCUCGCCAAAAGUGCAUGCCGUACAUAUAGUGCAUGCUUUUAACUGUACAGAUCUGGUAAGUGCUCAAACUCACAUACACACAUAUUCACUCCUCCCCACACACACAUACAUACAUACAUACAUACAUACAUACAUACAGUAUAUAUACACACACACACACUCACACACACUCGACAGCCAUCCAUCACCCUUUGCAAAAAGUAGGGACACCAGCAAAUAGUGAGAGAACGAGGUGGAGAAAAGCAUUGGUCAUAAUUAUGGGUCAACACACUUCUAGUGGACUGUUACAUAAUCAUGGUCAUCUACAGAAGGUGUUCUGGUAUACCAGCCUUUUAGGAGCCACGGCCAAAGUCUCCCUGUAUAUCGGACGAAGCUUUGACUCCCAAAGACAUGUCUGACCUGUUUGCAUUUCAACAGAAGUCUUCUUAUCACCACUACACUAUCACAAUUUCUUUUUUUUUAAAUACUAGUAUGACAUAUGCACAGAUUUUACUUGGUUCCAUGGUGUUGGAAUUGACAUUUUAUUUUGUUGAUUACCGGUAGAUUGCAGACUGACAUCUUGCCGUUUAGCAAAUUCUGGUCAUGUGCAUUUCAGAUUAGUAUGCAGUUUUUUUUCUCUCUCUCUCAUGUAGGCAGCAGCAGAUGAGGUCUAAACCGCUAGAGAGAUACCAUGCCAAAUUUCAAAGCAUUGCUGGGUUUUGUUCAUCUUUGUUUUUCGGUACAUUUUUAAGACAAAGCGUAUUUAUUAUGCAAGGACUUCCUUCGUUGCUCUUAAACAUAUGCAGUUGUCUGUGAUCUUGAUGUGUUUGUGUCCAGUUCACGCCUUUCUCGUUGUCAUUGGUUGAGGUGGUCUGUCAUGUCUGUAACUUUGUAUCAGCUGUUAAUUGUUAAUAAUGCAACUGGACUUUUGGUCCAAGUCUGAAGUAGAAAACCACUAUUAACCCCCCAGUGAUUGACUGUUGAGUAUAUAUUGAUAUCAAGUCAAGCCAAAAAUAUAUCAUUGUACUCAAAAAAAAACAAUGUAUCUGAAAAAGUAAAGGCAGAGUCUAAGUUCGGUCGGUACUCUACACAAACAUGCUAAUAUUCUCAUGCUAGACAAGUCAAGGCUAUGAUGUUGAAGGCUUUGAUGCCCCGCCACAUCUUUGACUGUGCCGUGUACGAGAUGUUGCAUAUCAGAAGAGAGUGCAUUCACUCUUCUGGCAUCUAAGGAGCCAUUUGUUUGAUUAGUUUUUUUUUAUUAGUUUUUUUUUUUUUUAAACCUCGUCGGAACUUGAUUUGUGAGUAUGUCUUUUCAGCAGGGACUCACU